UGUCCAGUUGCCUACUCCUUUGACCAACUCCGGCGGCUCCGUACGUCGCAACCGCACGCUACCCCGCAGAGACGCCGAGAUGGGACGGCCGGCGCGCUCACGAUCUCCGGCGGCCGUGCCUCCGACGGCGGUCACAGACCACGGGGCCACCAAGAUCUCCUUCCGCUCCCGCAAGAUCGUCAAGGCACCGCCCGCGAAACCUCUCACCACGACCGCCGUGCCACCACUGGCUCCGGCGCUGCCCGCGCUGUCCUUCCUGGGCGAGCUCGCGGCGGCGCUGCGCCACCUCCACUCCGCCGACCCUCUCCUCUCCGCUGUCAUCUCCUCCACCGAGGCCCCCACCUUCACCUCCUCCCCCUCCCUCCCCGCAUUCCACUCCCUCGCGCGCUCCAUCCUCUACCAGCAGCUCGCGCCCUCCGCUGCCGACGCCAUCUACGCUCGCUUCCUCAAGCUCCUCCCCUCUGCUUCCGCCGCCGCCUCCGACGCGGUCACCCCUGCCGCUGUACUCGCCCUCGCCGCCCCCGACCUUCGCGCCAUCGGCGUCUCCGGCCGCAAGGCCUCCUACCUGCACGACCUCGCCGGCAAGUUCGCCGCCGGGGAUCUCUCGGACUCCGCCGUCGCCGCGAUGGACGAGGCCGCUCUUCUCACGCAGCUCACCAGGGUGAAGGGCGUCGGCGAGUGGACGGUCCACAUGUUCAUGGUCUUCUCGCUGCACCGCCCCGACGUGCUGCCCUGCGGCGACCUCGGCGUGCGCAAGGGCGUGCGGGAGCUGUACAAGCUGAAGGCGCUGCCCAAGCCGGAGGAGAUGGCGGCAUUGUGCGAGCGGUGGAGGCCAUACAGGUCGGUCGGCGCAUGGUACAUGUGGCGCCUCAUGGAGAGCAAGGGCGCCGCGGCCAAGAAGAAGAAAGGCAGUGCGAGCUCGUAGCUAGGUAUGUCAGUAUCAUGUAUGUGAUGGUCUUCUGUAUUAUUGUCCUGAAGCUGUUAGAUUUAGAUGAUUCUGUGGUAGAUGCUUUCCCAGAUUACUGAAAUGUUGUGACACUGCGCAUGCUUAUUUCUACGGUCAUUGCAUAAUUGCAACUGGAAUCGAUCAAGUUCAGAAUCAAA